AUGAGCGAGAUCGUCACACUCCAAGUCGCCAUCAGCACGAGCUCGGGUACGGGAACGAAAGAAGCGGUCGUCAACCAGAGUCAGGGAAAGAAGAAGGAGAAAAGGAAGAGGCUAGAGGGAAGCAGUCAGGUACUCAGCGGGCCAGAAGAACUCCCGGCGAAGAAGCGCAGCGGCCCUCCAACCGGUCCUCGCAAGCAGCGCAACUUCCCCCCUCCCCGCUCGGUCCCUCUCACAACGCCGACCGGAACAUCGAACAGUACACCACCAUCAUCUUUCGGCGCGUCUCCUGCAGCGGUCGCCACUCCACCGCGACACCCCAGAAAGUUCAAGCAAAAAGCUACCCUUCCCCGCACCUCCCACGUACACCAAAGCGCGCCGACAGCCUCGCCCGUCUCCCAGAUGAAGCACCCUCUUCCUUCGGCGCCCAAUUCGCCCGGCAUCUCCCCCUACUUGGCAAAAGUCCCCCCCUCAUACUCCCCAUACCUACGCGCCAACAAGGAUCGAGUCAUCCAUGAGCUACGGCAGAAGCUCGCGCACAAGGAGGCGGAUCUCACCUAUGCCUACAACAAGAUGUCUGGUAUGCGAGAGCAGAUCAAGCAGGCAGGGGGAGGUGUCAACUCGGACUCCAGUCUGGAGGAAGGGGAGAUCAAGCUGGGUAGUGUACAAGAGGAAGGCGCGGGGAAUGAAGUUGGCGGAUGGUCAGGGUUGAAGCAGGCAGAGGGGAGCUGGAAAGUGCCCGGCGAUGCGCUUAGCCGAGUACAAGGGGAGAAGGCGGCGCUAGAGGCGAGGGUGUCCAUGAUACAGCGCGAGGGACAGGCGACAGCGACGAGACUGGCGGAGGCGGAAAACAAGUGCAAGGUGGCUACCAAUCAAGCUCGGGCUGCCACGGAGAAAGGAAAGAAGUCGGCUCAGAAGGUGGAAGAGCUAGAAGCCGAGCUGGCAUUAGCCAAGGCGGAGGCCAAGGCGCAAGGGGACAGGGCGGCGGACAUGGCGGACCAGCUGGAGCUGCUCAUGGCGGACUCGACUAUCGACAAUACCGCUACCCUCCGUCAAACCCUGCUCAACGCCAAGAUGGCUCUCGCCAAGGAACGGCUAGCCUCUCAUCAACUCCGCAACGAGCUCGCUGCGUCAUCCUCCACCCUCGCCGAGCGCGAUCUCACCAUUACUUCCCUCACCACCACUCUCGAGCAGAAAAAAGCGGAGAUCGCAUUGUCCUCAUCCCGCGUUGCGGAGCUGAGCCAAGAGUCCGACCUCCAGCUCAGCUACCUCAAAGACCAGGUCGAAACCGUCAGAAAGUCCACCUCACACAUCACCAAUCUCCAGUCGGAGCGCGACACUUUGCGCGAGCGGAAUAUCGGGCUAUCCAACGAUCUGGCGGCGGCGUCCCACCGGGCGGAGUGGUACAAGCUGGAGUUUAAGCGGCGGGAUGGGGAUGCGAGAAAAGCGCAGGCGGAGGCAAUGCAGAAGCGGAAGGAUGCGGAGAGGUGGCGGUACAAAGCGGGCAAGGCGACCGGGGCGAUCAAUAGCUUCGUCCCGCUCGUCCACCGGCCGGCCUGGGGAGCCGUGACGGGGAAGAAGAAGAAGAUGUACUAUCAAGAGAGGGUUGCACUUUCCGGGGGAGUGGGGAAGCCUAAUAUCGCGGAGCAGGGGGUACGAGUCGGGAGUGAGGAUCAGGUGUCGUCGGUGUCGAUGAAGGGGACGGGCACGUCGCUCUCGGAGGCGUCGGCGCUAGCUGGGAUUGAGGUCGAGGAGCUUUUACCCUCUGAAUAG